CACAACCAAAUAAAGAACAACAACAGAAAGCAUUCAAAUCAACUGAACAAACCAGAAAGAAAAGAAAUUAAUAAAUUAAAUAAUAAGAAUGUUUUCAAAAUUAAAAUACAACAAAUAGGGCUUUUUAUACAAGUUCAAAAGAUACAUCAACUUAAGGUCUUUCUCAUUCUUAACACAUUUCAACGAUUUAUAUAAGAGUUUGACCUUAUUACACCACUGGAUAAAGUUGGGCUUAGAUUUAAACCAUUCGCGCUUAUGAAUAAAAAUCUCCCAAAACAUAUCAGGAAAUUAAUAACAAAUUGAGAAUGUUUGUUUUUUUUAUCACUGAGAGGUUAGAAUUCAACACCACAGAACAGUUUUGCUCCUCUUUCCAAAAGGCCUACAAUAUCGCACUCAAAAAAAACAUAUGAUCUGAAUUUUCAAUACUUGUUUCACAAAAAAAUUGCAUCAAAAUUGAAUUUUAAUAUUAAAAAUUUGUUAGUAGGGUAGAUCUAAUUUAGAAUCUUGAAAAUUUUGGAAGGAGUAGAAAAGACAAAUAAUUUUUUCUCAUUUUAUUCAUUUCAACUGUAUCAAAAUCCUUAAGCCCAUUUUCCAUCUAAUUGGGUUUAGAUAAAACACCUGUGAAAUUACAUUUCUAAUCACUUUGUUUAAACAUUUUUUCACACAAAAAUUAUAACCCUCUCAGGAAAGUUGGGAGUUCACAUUAUCUUCUCAAAUGCAAGUUAAUUACUUUGUGUGGAAGAUUGGAGUUAUUUUUGUCUAUAUGUGUUGGAAAAAGAAAGUGAAACUGUAAACUUUAAUGUAAAAUCAACUGUAUCUAUUAUCAUUAUGAAAACAAAUUCUCCUUUAAAUUCUUUUUUUCUUUGUUUUAUUUAUUUUUGUUAGUUUGUUUUUAUUUGCAGGGAUGAAAAGAGAUAACCUUUUUGACCUGUGAUGUUUUUACAGUUCAGAGCUCUCAUGUGCAGAAUACAGAUGAAUAAAUACAUUUUCAUUACAUUUAAAAGCAUGCAAAACAUGCAAUGAGGGUUAGGAUUUGCAUAAUUAAUCUCUCAACAAAACUAAUUCUUAACAGUUGCUCACUGGAUCUCCAUUAGUGCAUAACCAGAGAAAUUUACUGGUAAUCAUAGUGAUGCAUUAAAAUUCAUAUUGCAUCAUACCCCAACAAAUACUUGUUUGAAAAGACAGACAAAGCUGUUUUAUAUUAUUUUUUUUAAGAAUACAUAACUCAGACAUUUACAUUAGUUUUAUGAAAGAUGAAAAGUGAACAAUAGGUAUUAAAUUAGACUUCUAGACAUGUUAUAUAACUUGUGCUCAAAGGUUCAUAAGGAGAUGUAGAAAUCCUCUGUUACUAUGGAAACCACGAUCCCAGCCGGAUUCUGUCAUGCUACUGAACUGACGAGAAGGAGAACCCGUUCUAAACCUCACCUGACUCCGUCUGAACUUUAUUUAACAAGGCCAGGGACAAUGAAACUAUUCUUAGAUUAUAAUAUGAAUUAUUCAAAUACUUUAUGGUUUGAAGGCCAUUAAACAAAGUAAUAACUAUAACUAUAAAGGAGUUACAAUAUUAACUAAACGAAGGAGUUUCUUUGCUGUGGCUGGUGCCUCCUAAAGUCACCCAAAAAUGAGAAUUAUCCCGUAUUUUACUCACCCCAAGCUAUCCACGAGAAUUACCAACCUCGGAUCAAUUUUUAUAAAACUCAGACUGCUUUUGUCUAAAAGAAGAAAGUCAUAUACACAGAGGAUAAAAGAUGUAAUUAAAGUUUUGGGUGAACUAUUCCUGAAGCUGUCCUGAAGCUCCCUGACCCUCGUGUAGAAUUAAAGACUGAGUGAAUCAAUACAGCAUUCUGAAGAGCCUAUCUUUGAUGUCAUUUCCACCAGAGUGUGUUAACGAGAAUGAGAGAUUGUUAACACAUAAAUAUCAAAGACAUGUCUAAUAAAGCUUGAGAAAACACUGCAGGCAACCAGAGACCUGAGGCUCUUCAUAAGACCAGCGCAGAACAAAUAUCUUUUGUCUUGAUCCAUCAAAUGUGCUUGUUUCCUGAAAACACUGAUUGGCCUACUAUAUAAGCUCAAUCAACGAAGGUAUAAAAUGAGCACACAUGUACUUUUACUAGCAUCACAGUGACUUUGUCUGAAGGUUGAUUUCAUCAAAGAGUCAUGAAGAAAAUUACUCGGAUUGCUUUGCUGCUGUUAUAAUGCUGGUGUCUUACCAAGCCUCAAAUUAGGAAAUGUCAAGCAAAAGACAAAAGCCUUCAACAAAAUACAAGCAGGGUGUUCCAAUCGGAAGACAAUGACUGUAUAAUAUUAUAAUGUUUCGCAUCUUUUAUGUCUACCCUGAUUUCUGGUCAAAUCCUCACCACAGAAACACGAGUGACCGGAUGAUCGUGAGCUCCAUUAAACCGAGGAUAACGACAUGUAGAUCACGAGGCUUAGAAACAUUUCGUAAUCCAACAGUCGAAACGAAACCGUUAACGAAACCGUCUAAACAUCGGUAGCACGCGCAGAAGAAACGCGUUAUUGAUCGGCACGAUCAACGUGACGUCACCGCGCGCGAGGUCCGACGUUCCCGCCUCUCAGUCCCGCCACACGUGAUUCCGAAUCAAAGAUCCAGUAUGGCGGAGUCUGUCAGACGGCGUUUCUGUCGCUUCUGCGCGGUCUGGGGGAAUUCAGAUGACUGCCGUUAAUCAGCUCCUGGCUGGAUUUGAGACGAGGAGCAGAAACAGCUGCUGUGCUGGAGCUCAAUCUGAAGUUUUGAAAGCGUGUCUCUGAACAUCAUGACUUCCCAGAGUCAUUCAGACUCUCAGAUGGACCAGACUGUGGAGAUUUUGAAGCCGUCGGCAUUUGACCACAUUCCCACAGUGGAGCUGAGUUCUGCUUUGCCUGUAAGGGUUCCUCCUGCAGCCAUCCCUAUGGACCUGCGCCUGGAGCAGACGCAGACGUUGGAGUCGACCCGGCGGGAGCAGCAGCUGCAGCAGGAGAUGUUAGCGCUCAAACACAAGCAGCAGCUGCAGCGGCAGAUCCUCAUCGCUGAGUUCCAGCACAAACACGAGCAGCUCUCACGCCAACACGAGGCCCAGUUACAGGAGCACAUGAAGCAUCAGCAGGAGCUCCUGGCCCUCAAGCAUCAGCAGGAGCUGCUAGAGCAUCAGAGAAAGAUGGAGCAGCACCGGCUGGAACAGGAGCUGGAGAAACAGCAACGGGAACAAAAGCUUCAGCUCCUCAAGAACAAAGAACGUGGCCAGGAGAGUGCAGUGGCCAGCACAGAGGUGAAGAUGCGUCUGCAGGAGUUUGUUCUGAAUAAAAAGAAAGCACUCGCUCAGCGCAGUCUCAACCACUGCAUCUCCAACAACCCACGCUACUGGUAUGGGAAAACUCAGCACAGUUCUUUGGAUCAGAGCUCUCCUCCUCAGACUGCCAUCAGUACUUAUAACCAUCCUACCAUGGGCGUCUACGACUCCAAAGACGACUUUCCUCUGCGCAAAACAGCAUCGGAACCAAACCUAAAGCUCCGUUCUCGGCUGAAGCAGAAGGUGUCAGAGCGGAGGAGCAGCCCGUUACUGCGCCGCAAAGACAGUCCCAUCAGCACGCUGAAGAAACGCUCGCUGGACGUGGCAGAUUCGGUGUGUAGCAGUGCUCCUGGAUCUGGACCCAGUUCACCAAACAACAGCUCACACGGAAACCUGUGCGAAAACGGCAUCAGCGUGACUGAAGCGUCUCACAGGCCAGCUGGUCAGGACGGGUCAGUCAGUCAGCUAUCGCUCUACACGUCUCCUUCGCUACCCAACAUCACCCUGGGUCUGCCGGCCACUGCCACCAACAACGUGACAUCUACCCAGCCCGACAGUGAAUGUUUGUCGGUGACCGGUUUACCCAUAAGCACUCCUUUCCUGGUUGCCUCUCACCUGCCGUCAUUUCUUGGUAAUUCGGAUGCCGCAAACUCCCACAAUGCACUGCUGCAGCACAUGGUCCUUCUGGAGCAAUCAUCCCCACCGAGUCCUUUGGCCACAGGAGCGGGCUCGCUGCAGAAGCUGCGUCAGCACCGGACACUGGGCCGGACACAGUCAGCUCCUCUCCCUCAGAGCGGACAGGCACUUCAGCAGCUCGUGGUUCAGCAACAGCACCAGCAGUUCCUGGAGAAACACAAGCAGCACUUCCAGCAGCUUCACAUCAACAAGAUGUUGAGUAAACCAGGUGAUCGGCAGCACCAGAGCCACCCAGAAGAGACGGAGGAAGAGCUCAGAGAGCAGCAGGAUGCCACACAAACAGACACACUUCCCAUGAGCCUCCCCAUUAAACAGGAACCUCCUGAUGUUGCAGAGGAACAGAUACAGGAAGAACAAGAACUUCUUUUCCAACAGCAGGCCCUUCUUCUGGAGCAGCAGAGGAUCCAUCAGCUGAGAAACUACCAGGCGUCUAUGGAGGCAGCCGGAGCAUCGGUCAGUUUCCCAGGGCAUCGUCCUCUGUCCAGAGCCCAGUCAUCUCCUGCAUCCGCCUCCUUCAUCAGCCCGCAGGAGCAGCCUUCCAAGCCCCAUUUUACCACAGGUCUGGUGUACGACUCUCUCAUGCAGAAGCACCAGUGCAUGUGUGGAAACACCAACACUCAUCCCGAACACGCCGGACGCAUCCAGAGCAUCUGGUCUCGCCUGCAGGAGACGGGCCUGCGCAGCCAGUGUGAGUGUAUCCGUGGGAGAAAAGCCACAUUAGAGGAGCUUCAGACGGUUCAUUCUGAACCUCAUGUCAUGUUGUAUGGGACCAACCCACUACGGCAGAAACUUGAUAAUUCGGUCAUCUCCAUGUUUGUCAGGCUGCCAUGUGGCGGUAUUGGGGUGGACAGUGACACGGUCUGGAAUGAAGUUCACUCGUCAAGUGCAGCACGUCUGGCGGUCGGUUCUGUGGUCGAACUUGUCUUCAAAGUUGCAUCAGGAGAACUGAAGAACGGUUUUGCUGUGGUCCGGCCCCCGGGACACCACGCAGAGGAGAGCACUCCCAUGGGCUUCUGUUACUUUAACUCUGUUGCCAUAGCAGCUAAACUCCUUCAGCAAAGACUCAAUGUCAGCAAAAUUCUGAUUGUUGAUUGGGAUGUUCAUCAUGGCAACGGAACUCAACAAGCGUUCUACGAUGAUCCCAGAGUUCUGUACAUUUCACUUCAUCGAUACGACGAUGGCAAUUUCUUCCCGGGCAGCGGCGCUCCUGAAGAGGUGGGCAGUGGGCCGGGACUUGGUUUCAAUGUCAACGUGGCAUUUACCGGAGGACUGGAUCCACCGAUGGGAGACGCAGAAUAUCUUGCUGCCUUCAGGAUGGUAGUUAUGCCGAUUGCUAACGAAUUUGCUCCAGAUCUGGUGCUGGUGUCUGCAGGGUUUGAUGCUGUGGAAGGACACCCUCCUCCAUUAGGAGGAUAUAAACUCACCUCCAAAUGUUUGGGUCACCUGACUAAACAGCUGAUGGGGUUGGCUGGGGGUCGAGUGGUGCUGGCGCUGGAGGGAGGUCAUGACCUCAGGGCUAUAUGUGAUGCAUCAGAGGCCUGCGUCUCAGCACUGCUGGGGAUAGAGUUAGAGCCGCUUUCUGCAGACAUCCUGAAGCAGAGACCCAAUGAAAACGCUGUGAGCUCUAUAGAGAAAGUGCUAGAAAAUCACAGUCAGUACUGGUGCUCCGUCCAGCGGUUCACGUCCAGCGCUGGUUUGUCUCUGCUAGAAGCUCAGAGAGGUGACUCUGAGGAGAACGAGACGGUGACGGCCAUGGCUUCUUUAUCUGUCGCAGCCAUGGAGAACAGAACGGAGGAUGAGCCCAUGGAAGAGGAGCCGCCAAUGUAAGGGGCGAGCGUUUUCCCAGAGCUCUGAGCUCUUCUGGGUCUCUGCGUCUUGGUCUCGUCUGACGGAGAUCCUCGCUGAGCAGAGAGACGUCAGGGCAAAGGCUAACUCAUCGCGUUAGCGCUGUAGCCCGCUAGCACUGUGGCCCCAACGCAACGCACUCAAGCUGAAGUCCCUUGAGAUGUUUGUUUUUGGAGAUGUCUGUCCCAAUGGUGACGUCAGCCAACAGAACGCUCUGACCGAGGGACGGACGGAAAGCUGAGGUCAAACCCUGUUUGUUUAGUACUUCACACCUUGAGCACUAAAGCGUUUGACUCACCAGCGCCACUUUACAGACGUUUCUCAGAGGAAGAGGGAGUGCCUUGGAGUCCGCUUCAACUACAGAUGAAUUCUGAGGAACUUUGCCUUAAGUCAGUAAUGUCCUAUAAUUCCAGUGGGUCGACUGUUUGGAGAAGAGAAAACCUUUUUCAGCAUGUUUACUUGGACAGCGUUUGUGCUUUAUUCCUAAACACACAUUGUCUAGCGAUGACUGACUCUACUUUGGUUUGUUUUUUGCGCUGUACAAAAACAGCAGAAACGGUCUGAAGCUCCAGUGAUUCCAGUCGCUGAGCACAACACAGCUGAAGGUAGGCCUUGGUUUUCAGAGUGGGUUAUUGACUGGCAUGUGCAUUACUAGAAAAACUACACCUGGACAGAAGUGGAGAUCAGAAGCUCAGACCAAAGCAUGAGUUUGCAUCUUGUGUUGCAGCUUCCUCUAACUAUGGAUUGCGAGACCAUGGUGGAUGUGAACAAGCUCAUGUUCGUCUUGAGCCAAAAAAACCUUGUAAAAAGGAAGUUGCAACUUGCUAAUGUUGGAAACCCCUAAGCAUGAGGCGGGAUCGGUACAUACUAGAUCAGUACAAAUAUGCAUGUGAAAUCUUUAUUUUCUUUGCCUUCUCUAAUGAACCUUGAGCAUCAUCUCUCCACAACAGCUUCACCUCUAAAGAAAUACAACUCUUGUCAACUGUUAGUAUGCUCAAAUGUUUUAGUUCAGUUAUGGGUUAUUUUAGAAGUUUAGUAAUUUAGUCAUUCCUGUUUUGUACAGUUUUACUUCAUUCCUUUUCAGUUAACUUGAAAUUUCAGAUAUUAGCAUAUUUGUACGUUUCACUUAACUUUGCUUAUUAUUAUUAUUAUUAUUAUUAUUAUUAUUAUUAUUAUUAUUAUUAUUAUUUGUGCUAGUGAAUUUGAGUUUGAUUAUUUGUUACAUUUGGAACCAUGUACUUUAAACAUGAACGUUUUAUGAUGUUCAUGGGUUUUUAACCAUUCAAUCACAAUCACUGGUUGUGUACUUCCAUGCUUUGUUCAUAGUAGAUUUGUAUAUGAAAGGAAACCUAAAUAUAUAAAUAUGAAAAUCUGUCA